UUCGAGAAAGACUUCAAAGAGCGGAGGAGAAAUCAAGUUACCAACGGCAUGUCAGAAGAAAGGGCCAAAUCUCCAGAGGAGCCAAAAGUAGCAAAGUUAAAUGAGGCAGCUCAUCAGACCCCUCCCCACUUCCUGUCUAGUGGGGAGGAGGAUGAACCAGAACCAGACAAGGGGGAGACCAAGGAACUAGUGAUAGAGGACAGAGCUGCUGUGGUCAUUGAUUUAAACCAAAGCAGAAUUGCUAAGAUAAGCAAUUUACAUGGACUGUCACAAUGUGAGAGUCUCUGUUUACGUCAGAAUCUGAUCAAGAAAAUUGAGGGAUUAAGUUCGGUUGUCUCCCUGACCGACCUUGACCUCUACGACAACCAGAUCACAAAGAUUGAACACUUGGAGGCUUUAGUCAAUUUAGAAUCACUGGACUUGUCAUUUAACAGAAUUCCAAAAAUUGAAGGUUUGGCCACACUUACAAAACUUAAAAAGCUUUUUCUCAUACACAACAAAAUCCAGAAAAUAGAGAAUGUAGGCCACUUGGUGCAGCUAGAAAUGUUAGAGCUCGGGUCCAACAAAAUCAGGACACUAGAGGGUAUAUCCACCCUAACAAAUCUAACCCACCUCUACGUAGGAAAGAAUAAAAUCACUCGAAUCCAGGGACUUGACACAUUAGUCAAUCUACGCUGUCUUAGUAUUCAGAGUAACAGAAUACGGAAAAUAGAAGGCCUAGACAAACUUGUGAACUUGGAAGAAUUCUAUGCAAGUCACAAUGGAAUCCAGAAGGUUGAAGGCUUAGAGGCCAAUGUGAAACUCACAACAUUGGAUUUGGCAGCUAAUUUUAUUCCAAAGAUUGAAAAUGUGAGCCACUUGGCUGAAAUGGAAGAGUUUUGGUUCAAUGAUAAUAAAGUAUCAGACUGGAAUGACUUAAAAGAACUGGAAUCCUUGAAAAACUUGGCCACAGUAUACCUAGAGAGAAACCCACUUUACUACGAUGGGGAAAAGAGACCAGACCCCAAUUAUAGACGUAAAAUCAAGCUAGCUCUACCUCAUAUCAAACAGAUCGACGCAACACUGUGUUAAUGGUAGAUAUUUUCCUGUGAUGUGGAGAGAAGACAGUUAGUGUAGUAUAUCGUGCCAUAUCACAGACUCGGGAGUACACAUGACUAGAACAGUACACACAACAAUGCAUAAUUCUCAUUCAUAUUUUAUCAAUUUUUUAUUAAUUUGUCGAGUUGUUACUUAUUUUCAUCUACGUUCAUAAUAAUUAAAUGUUAAGAAUUUUAUGAUUAUGUCUGUUCUUCUACUGUUGUUAUGUAAUGACAUGUAUGUAAUGACACGUAUGUUACGACACAUUUGUCACAAAAGUACAAAUCAGUAGUACGUCAAGUAAAAUAAAAUCCUUUUCUGAGACAGGGUA